CGUAAAAUGCAAGCAGCCAACCAAAUAAAGUUACGAGAAAAAAAAUUAUGCCUUUUCGAAGUGGUUCAACAUGGCAGGAGAUCAGGCGCAAUUUUACCAGUUACUAAAUAGCUUACUAUCGGCAGAUAAUGACAUCCGAUCGCAAGCAGAAGAAACAUACAACAACAUCCCCACCGAGACAAAGGUGUUGCACUUAGUGGGAGCCAUCCAGAAUGUGGAGCUCGGCGACGACGGCCGCCAGUCGGCCGCGGUGUUCCUGCGACGGCUGCUCAGUACAGAGUUCUUCGAGUUCUUCCCGAAGCUGCCGGUGGAACAGCAGGCAAUGCUGCGGGAACAGCUCCUGCUCACACUGCAAAUGGAUGUCAGCCAGCAGUUGAGACGCAAGAUUUCUGAUGUAGUAUCAGAGUUAGCCAGAAACCACAUUGACGACGAUGGUGUCAACCAAUGGCCCGAAUUUCUACAGUUCAUGUUCAACUGCGCUGCUUCACAAGACUCCAACAUGAAAGAGGCUGGCAUUCGGAUGUUUACGUCUGUGCCAGGUGUGUUUGGGAACCGUCAAAAUGAGAACUUGGACGUUAUCAAGCGUAUGUUGCUCUCGGCCCUACAGCCGACCGAAUCCGACGCUCUGCGCAUCCAGGCCGUCAAAGCCGUGGGCGCGUUCAUCCUGCUACACGACAAAGAACCCGCCAUCCAGAAACACUUCAGCGAUAUUCUGCUGCCAUUGAUGCAGGUGGUGGUGCAGUCCAUUGAGAAGUGUGAAGAUGACUCAGCCCUCAAGGUGCUCAUUGAAUUGGCAGAAUCUGCACCAAAAUUCUUAAGGCCACAGCUCGAAACCAUUUUCCAAGUCUGCAUAAAGGUUGUGGGUGAGACCGACGCCGAGGACACGUGGCGGCAGCUGGCUCUAGAGGCAAUGGUGACGCUGUGCGAGACAGCACCGGCGAUGGUGCGCAAGCAGGUGCCCAACGCGGUGUGCCUGCUCACGCCGCUCGUGUUAGAGAUGAUGUGCGAGCUGGACGACGAGCCCGACUGGGCGCUGCAGGACGACGUCGCCGAUGAUGACAACGAGAACAACUACGUAGCAGCGGAGUCGGCGCUUGACCGUAUGUGCUGCGGCCUAGGCGGCAAGAUCAUGUUGGGGCUCAUCGUAGGCCAAGUUCCCGAGAUGCUGAACUCUGAGGACUGGCGACGGCGCCACGCCGCACUCAUGGCUGUCUCCUCAGCCGGCGAGGGGUGCCACAAGCAGAUGGAACAGAUGCUCGACCAAGUCGUCUCUGCUGUGCUGAAGUACCUGGGUGACCCUCAUCCCCGAGUUCGCUACGCAGCGUGUAACGCGAUCGGACAGAUGUCGACUGACUUCGCUCCCAUUUUUGAGAAGAAAUUCCACGACAAAGUUGUGCCUGGGCUUCUUAUGGUGCUCGACGACAAUGCUAACCCGCGUGUGCAGGCGCACGCGGCUGCUGCUUUAGUAAACUUCAGUGAAGACUGUCCAAAGCCAAUUUUGACCCAGUACCUUGACCCACUGAUGAACAAGCUGGAAGUUAUCCUUACUGCCAAAUUCAAAGAGCUGGUGGAGCGCGGCACCAAGCUGGUGCUGGAGCAGAUUGUGACCACCAUCGCGUCGGUGGCCGACACCGUGGAGAAGGACUUCGUCGUGUACUACGACCGCCUCAUGCCCUGCCUCAAGUACAUCAUCGCCAACGCCACUACGGACGAGCUGAAGCUGCUGCGAGGGAAGACCAUCGAGUGCGUCAGUCUUAUUGGCUUGGCCGUGGGUGAAGAGAAAUUCAUGUCCGACGCGUCCGAAGUUAUGGACUUGCUGCUGAAGACUCACACGGAAGGCGAGCAACUGCCCGUGGAGGACCCACAGACCUCAUACCUCAUCUCGGCGUGGUCCCGCAUCUGCCGCAUCAUGGGCAAGAAGUUCGCGCAAUACCUGCCGAUGGUGAUGGAGCCGGUUAUGCGAACGGCCGCCAUGAAGCCUGAGGUGGCGCUGCUCGAUAAUGAAGACCUGGAGUCCAUUGAGGGCGACCUCGACUGGCACUUCGUCACGCUCGGCGAACAACAGAACUUCGGCAUCAAGACUGCCGGCUUGGAAGACAAAGCAUCCGCCUGCGACAUGCUGGUGUGCUACGCGCGCGAACUCAAAGAAGCGUUCGCGGAAUACGCCGAAGACGUGGUCCGACUAAUGGUGCCGAUGCUGAAGUUUUACUUCCACGACAACGUGCGCACCGCCGCCGCCGAGUCGCUGCCCUACUUACUGGAGUGCGCUCGCAUCCGCGGCCCGCAGUACAUCCAGGGCAUGUGGGCCUACAUCCUGCCCGAGCUGCUCAAGGCCAUCGACGCGGAGCCCGAGCAGGACGUGCAGGUGGAGCUGCUGAACAGCCUGGCCAAGUGCAUCGAGCUGCUGGGCGCGGGCUGCCUGUCGGAGGAGAUGAUGGCGGAGGUGCUGCGCAUCCUUAACAAGCUGCUCACCGAGCACUUCGAGCGCGCCACCGAGCGCCGCCAGAAGCGCGCCGACGAGGACUACGACGAGGUGGUAGAAGAGCAGUUAGCCGACGAGGACAACGAAGACGUGUACGGGCUGUCGCGCGUGGCGGACGUGCUGCACGCGCUGCUGUCGGCGUACCGCGAGGCCUUCUUCCCGCACCUGGACGCGCUGCUGCCGCACCUCGUGCAGCUGCUGGCGCCCGGCCGGCCCUACGCCGACCGCCAGUGGGCCAUCUGCAUCUUCGACGACGUCAUCGAGUUCGGAGGACCCGCAUGCGUGAAAUACCAAGACAUAUUCCUCGAGCCGAUGCUGGCGGGGCUGUCGAGCCCCGAGGUGGAGGUGCAGCAGGCGGCGGCGUACGGCUGCGGCGUGCUCGCGCAGUUCGGCGGCGGCGCCUUCGCGGCCUCCUGCGCGCGCGCCGUGCCGCUGCUCGCCGCGCUCGUGCAGGCGCCCGCCGCGCGCUCCGUCGAGAACCUCAACGCCACCGAGAACGCCGUCUCCGCCGUCUCCAAGAUCAUCAAGUACAACCACUCGCAGAUCAACAGGGACGAGAUCAUAAGGCAUUGGCUGACAUGGCUGCCGGUGGUGGAGGACACGGAGGAGGCGCCGCACGUGUACGGGCUGCUGUGCGAGCUGGCGGCGGGCGCGCACGCGGCGCUGGCCACGCCCGACGCGCCCGCGCACGUCAUCGCCGUGCUGGCCGAGGCCUUCCUGCGCGACGCCGUGCCGCCCGACCACGCCGUCUACGCGCAGAUGGUGCAGCUCGUGCGCCAGAUACAGGGCAAUGCAGAACUCUUCAACUCGUGCCUCAUGCAGCUAAGCAACGAACACAAAGAGGCGCUACAGUUGGCCCUGUCCACAUAGUGGCCGCGCCGCGCUCCUCGUAUUUAUUGUCGCCACCCGACACCGCACCGCCUCACCCGCACCCACCACCCGUCGCCCUCCGCCCCGGCCGCCCCCCGACAUCGCUCGCAUCAGGCCCGCCGACGCCGCAACGAGUCUCCGUAGUGACAUACUACACUACGCUUGCUACAUAGCAUUGAAGAUUCGCCACGAGCGCGGAACGGCAGCCGUUAACGUCGCGUAUCGCCACAAAUCACUCACGCCUCCGGCUUUCGACUUCACUUCUAAUUGUGUGCAUUAAGUUUGACACAGUGUAUCGCGUUGUAACGAUAUUAUUGCUCUAUUUAAAUGUUUCUAUGUGGUUGGUAGAUACCCGACUGAUAUAUCUAUCCGAUUAAAUUGUUGUAAUUGUAAUGGACUGAAGGCAUUUUCUCCUUAUCUUGGAUUUAUUUGAUCUCCUCUUGUAAUGAUGUAACUGUUGGGCUAAUUAAAAUUGCUGUAANUGCUGUGAUAUAUUUUUAUAAUGAUUUAUGAGAUCAUUUCAUUCAAGCUUCAGCCUACGUAUGGCGCCUCUUCGACCACAUUUGAAGGUUUCGAAACGUUUUGAUGUUUUUCCUUACAAACAAAGUUUUAUAAGGAAAUGCGAUUAUGAUGGUCCAAUUUUUACUUUCAAACUUGAUUAUAUUUCGGUUGCUGCAUGCUCUAUACUUCUCCGCCUAUUCAUUGUCUGUUCACAGGCCAAUAUAGAAGGUUUUGAACAUUAAAGGCUAGUAGAUAAUACAAAAUUAUGCAAAUUGGGCCAUCCGCAUUCUUUUUUGUUAUAAUUUGCCAUAUUUCAGCUACGAUGGGAACUU